CCGAUAAGCGUGCAUGUGAAGUGAGUCCGAUAACGAAUAAACCGCGCACGCGCUCUCGCGAUCGUGAAACCACCCAACCCGACCAAACAUUCACAUUCAGGGAAAAAUAUCAGACCACCCUCUUUCCAAAAGUGACAGACGACAGUGACGUUUCGGGGUGUCAUUGACAGACCAAGUUUUUGUUAUGAUUUCGUAGAAAUUGGUUAAAAAUUUUUAGUGAGCUUGCAAAUUUUACAGUGGAUAAGAAAUAAGGUGACGAUUGACCUGUGAUAUAGUGACGUAAAGUCGCCGUAAAGUAGAUAAAAUAGUGUUGUGUUGCAAUGAGUCCGGGUGCGGCGGGUUAGCGGGAUGAUGCGCAAGGAGGCCGCCGGCUGCCCCGGCGGGACUGAGGUGGCGCUGGACUCCACGGACUGUCUCACGCUGCAGCAGAUACUCCAGGCCUUCAACUCCCACAUAAGCGAGGAGCACGCCUGGGCGCUGUUCUACCAGGCUUCCCGCUGCUUCCAGAAGUGCUUGGACGAGGGAACGGCGUAUUAUUUGCCGACUGAGCUAGCACAUGUGGUGUUGCAUAAGGAUGGCACCGUGCAUCCACGCACGCUGUUGCAUACAGGAGAUGACAGCAGCAGAGAAAAAUUCAAAUCAGAAUACGAGUUGGUAGUGAACUUGGCCAUAGUGGUGUACCAUGCGCUGGACUACACGCACGGAGAGGACGAGGAGCGGCUCAUGUCGCCCGAUCUCGAGAGCCUCAUCAGCGAGAUGACAGCUUGCAAUGUGGCAGAUGACGAUGAGGAAUGCGCGCUGUCGGAAGGGUCGGAGACUUCAGAAGGUGGUCGGGCAGACACCGACGAUGAAGGCAUCGAGCGAGACUCGGAGCCGGCGCCGCGACGACGGAGAUCUCUCAGGAGGUUCAUGCUCAAGGAUGUUAUAGAGCGAUGCAUAUGGCACUGCGGCGGGAGCGGCGCUCGGAUCGCGCGGGACACCGCCGCGGCGCACUACCGCGCGGUGUGCCGGGCGCUGGUCGCCGAGGCGCUCGAGCUGGCCUCCUUCCUCGCGCGGGUGCGCGUGGGCGGCGCGCGCGACCUGGGUGCGCACGAAGACUCCGCCAUGCAUCUCGACACGCUGCAGUUCUCUGACUGGACUAACCGAAGGAUUUGGAGAGCUCUGCAAGCGCGGUUCUGGGUGCAAGUCAUCGGGGAACUUAGAAUGGGAGUGAAGUUAAAGAAGGUUAACUAUUCAAGAACGCCUAUAGAAUAUGAGUUGACACCGUAUGAAAUACUCAUGGAUGAUAUUAGGUCGAGGCGGUAUACGUUAAGAAAAGUCGACGGCGCGAUACCUCAAAGUGUCAAAAAGGAUGCACACGCUAUGAUAUUGGAAUUCAUUAGAAGUAGACCUCCACUCAAAAAGGCAUCAGAACGCAAGCUACCUCCACGCCGGCGGGAAGUGACUCCAAGGGAACAGCUCCUCGCUUCCAUCCAGGUUGGCCGACAGCUCAGGCCGACACCCUACUCGCGGCGAUUAUCAACAAGCGGGUCAGGCAGCGGGCCGGGCGGCGGCGACGCACACACGCAUCCGCACACGCACCCACACGCACACACGCGACGCGGCGACGUCACGCCGCACGCGCCUCCGCAGAGACGCCUUAUCAAAGUCGACUUUGACAAUCUUGAGGAUGACGACGAUGAUGACGACACCGAGACCUGCGUCAGCCCGGAGACUCUCGCGCCGCAGCCGUUCCCGAGGCACACGGCGCCGCAGCAAACACCACCGAAACCUUGGAAGCGGACCGUCGCUGCGGAGACGCCCCGGGCGCCGCCUCGGACCCGCAUCUCCCAUGACGAGUACCACCAGUUUUGCGACGAAACCCUGGAAUCGUACGACCUUGCGACCCAGUGUCCGUCGCGGCGAGCAUCGAUGCGACGCCACACUGUCACUCACGCCUGCCCACCCACCGAUGGCGCACAAUCGCUGCCACACUCCAGGCCAGGCUCGCGAGCGUCGUGCGGCGGCGCGGCGUCGCUCGCCAGCAGCGACGCGGACGCGCAGCUGGGCGAGCUGUCGUGGUCGCGCUCGUCGCUGCAGGACGAGCUCAUCAAGUCGGUUAGUGGCAGCCCCACGCAUCCGCAUAAACAAUGGCAAGACGCGAUAAUGUCCGACGAUCGUCUCUCAUUGACGCUAGAAGAAAUAGUACACAUCCGCUCCGUGUUGACGAAAGCAGAGCUUGAGGUCCUGCCCGUUGAGGGUAGGGUGAAAGAAGACGUUGAGAAGAGAAGGGUAUGCUUCCUAUGUUUGAAGACACGGUUUGGCAUUUUCGGCCCGUGGGGACAAAAGUGUAAACUGUGCAAAAAGACUGUCUGUCAGAAAUGUUGUUCGAAGAUGCGGAUUCCAACGGAACACUUUGCACAUGUGCCCGUGGCGCUGCUCAGUCCGUCGCUGCUGCCGUCGCCUGACGACGAGCAGCAAUCCUUCCCACGCUCGCUCAUGGCGCGCCUGGUCUCUCCCGAGCACAGUGCGACGGUAGAGAACAGUGUGGGCUCUGCGCCGAGUAGUCCAGCUGCCACGCGGCGCCACCCGGGCACAGCGGCCUCUGCGCCCGGCUCCCGCGGCGCCUCAGCCAUGGGCUACGUGGAGCCGCUCCCCGCUGUGCGCGUGGACGGGCCUGGCAGCAUGCCGUGCGUCUCCACGCCACUCUCCUCGCUGUCCACGCUCGAGCGAAGAGCGCGGUACGGGCGCAGCGUCACAGGCGUGACGGUGGCGGAGCGGCUGCGCGGCGUGCAGAUGGCGGUGUGCCACGACUGCAAGGCCAUGGUGCUGCAGAUCAUCAAGUCCUCGCGCGCCUGCCGCUCCGCGUCCCGCGACCGCGCGCUGCGGCACCUCACGCUCGACCUCGCGCCCGUCUACACCGCCGACUGUUAACCACGCUACGUGCUAGGCUAAAGCAGACUUGCGGUUUUCACCCGCACCAAACGAACAUCUUACCAUUCAUUUACUUAUUCGCUAUCACGGACCGGGCGCCCGUCUACACCCCGCUAUCAACCAUGCUAUGUGUUAGGCUGAGACAGACUUGCGAGUUUUUCCGCGUUUUUCACACAGACUAAAUGAACAUCUCAUCGUUUGUUGCCAUAUUCGCCAUCGCGGCGCCAAACAGUAAACAAUUUUUUUUAAUACACUGCAGUCCGGGCUGCACGAUACUUUUCACAAUGAAAACCAAGUCUACACCGCCGACUGUUAACCACGCUACGUGCUAGGCUAAAGCAGACUUGCGGUUUUCACCCGCACCAAACGAACAUCUUACCAUUCAUUUACUUAUUCGCUAUCACGGACCGGGCGCCCGUCUACACCCCGCUAUCAACCAUGCUAUGUGUUAGGCUGAGACAGACUUGCGAGUUUUUCCGCGUUUUUCACACAGACUAAAUGAACAUCUCAUCGUUUGUUGCCAUAUUCGCCAUCGCGGCGCCAAACAGUAAACAAUUUUUUUUAAUACACUGCAGUCCGGGCUGCACGAUACUUUUCACAAUGAAAACCAAGUCUACACCGCCGACUGUUAACCACGCUACGUGUUACGCAAGUGUGGCCUCAGCUAUGGCUGCUAUUUGUACCAGGAUCCCAGCCUUUUCGGAAAAAUAAAUUUUAGUUUUUUUUUUUUUCAUUUUUACUUUGAGACUUGUUUGGCGUCCUUAACCCUGAUUUCUAAAUAAAUCCGCAAUACUAUUGAGUUAUUGUUUGUUGCAACCUAAUCUGCCGUGACAGCCAACCAAUCACAGCGCGUCUACGACGUCGACACAGCACGGCACAGUAUUGAGUUUGCGCCUAAAGAUAGGAGAUUUGGACGCUAAGCCAACCUCAGGCUUAGUACAAUUUUGCAGAUCUCGACAACGUUAAUAUAUUUCGAGUAUCGAGACACUAUAAAUUCAAAUUGGCCUAAAACUUGUGGAUUAAGUUUUGAAUUUGGACGAAUAUCUACCGCCAGUGCUCCAAGCAAAUACAACAUAAAACGAAAAUCGGAUUUUAAAAUGGUCUUGUUAUGGAAUAUUUUACUCUAAUUGUAUAGUGUUUCGAAUUCGAUGUUAACGAAGUAUGCAAAGUUGAACUAAGACACAUAAUUACUGACGUCAAGUGCAAGUCUAUCUCACAAUAUUUUUUUUUUUUCAUUUGAUGGAAUUGUUUUGGACAUAUGCUCAAAUUGAUCAUCCAAAUUAAUUGAUAGGACUUUUCGAAUACCCACUACCCACUAUUCAUAACUAUUUAAUUCAGCUAGAAAAAAAUUGGUAGGUAAUAAGUAUUAUUUUAUACAAAAUAUUCUUUUGGCUAUUUAAACUGCCUUUAAAAAUAAAGUUAUUUAGCGGGUGAGUAUUUAAACACCGAUUGCUCUCUUUCUGUCAUCUGUAAUUUGGCAUUCGAAAGAAGAAGACAAAGCACUGUACUAAGCCGCUAUUAUCUAUACAAUGUUUACUAGUAGACGUAAUUUUUUUGCUAAAGUGGGUAGUGAACGAAACACCAAUGUAAAUAGUAAAUUCUUAAAGAAACAUUUUGAGUAGACUCAGAAACAAAUGAAGAGCUUCCGAGGUUGUGUAGUAUGUUUGUGUUUGUAGGUGGACUGUGAUCUGACACGUAGACGAAUGACUAUUGACAAUACUCUAUGAUCUUUGACAGAUAGUAAAACACAUUUUUUUUUAAUUUAUCGCACAAAAAUAACUAUUUACA